AUGGAUGUUGAUUGGUCAGGCCAUUUGCAUGUAAAGACUGAUGUAUAUGGGUUUGGAGUUGUUCUGGUUGAGAUGCUGACUGGUUUACGUGCAAUUGACAAGAGACGUUCGAUUGGGCAACAGAAUCUCAUUGACUGGGUUAAACCACGUGUGACAAAUAGAAGAAAGUUGAAAGAUAUGAUGGAUUCCCGGUUGGAGGGAAAAUAUCCUUCUAGACAGGCUUCACAGUUAGCUCACCUUGCUAUUAAAUGUCUUCAACUCACUCCCCGCUUGCGGCCAUCAUCUACAGAAGUUGCUGAAACGCUUCAGCAGAUUCAAGCAGUUCAUAUUAGAUCAGGGGAGCCUAAAAUCCCUUCUGGUUAUCAGUAG